CGCUUCGGCUGUGCAAUACGACGGUCUCGGUCGCGAGAAUCCGCGCGGGAUGCGCCGCGAUGCGCCGCGGGUUCCUCGUCGAUCCCCGCGCCCGUCGCGGACCCGCGCGCUCGUCGCACUCGUCGCCGGCCCGUGCGCAACCCCGCGGGCUCACGCCGUGGGUCCGGGUGCCGACGCGGUCGAUGGCGACGGGCGGGAACAACGUGGACAUCGAGCGUCGCAAGGCGAACGCCCGCGCCGUUCGCGCCGUGCCCAUCAGGGUCAUACUGGUCAGCAAGGGCGGGGGCAAGGACAUGGACAACGCGUGCGGGGAGUGGAGCGGUCGCAUCGGCCGAUACGCCCCGUUCGACGAGAUAACCGUCAAGACGAACCCGAAAAACGCGAAGGAUCCGAAGGCGCAGAUGGAGGGCGAGGGCGAGCGCGUGAUGAAACACAUAGACUCGCGGGACCUCGUCGUGCUCAUGGACGAGAGGGGGAAGGACCUCACCUCGGAGGCGCUGGCGGAGCUCGUCGCGGAGGCUGGCGACGGCGGCUACGGAGGAUUGGUGUUCGCCGUCGGCGGUCCGUUUGGGCACGGCGCCGCGGUGAGGGAGCGCGCGGAUCGGACCAUCAGGCUGAGCUCGAUGGUGAUGAACCACCAGGUGGCGAGGUUGGUGCUGCUCGAGCAGAUUUACAGGGCGUGGACCAUACUCAAGGGGGAGCCGUACCAUCAUUAGACCUACUGUGUUUGAAACCGACCGCCGAGUUUGUUC